AUGGAAACGGAAGAAAUCAUCAAACUGGUCGACGGGAUCUACAAGAACAUACUGGAAAAGUUCAAUCCCGGAGCACGCCAGCUGAUCAGCGCCGGUAAAGCGUACCUAAAGGCCCUCCAUGGAGCGUCCACGGCGUCGAACGUCUUCAACGAAGCACUGGCCAAGAUCGCCGUCAAUGCACAACAGGGUGGCACCAUCGAUAUUGGUUCCGCCUUGAUGAACAUUGUCGGCGUGUACAAAGAGAUCCAGGACCAGCACAUGAACAUCCUUAAAGCGUUCUACGUCGAUCUGCUCGUUCCGCUGGAGACGAACCUCGAGAAGGACACGAAGGUGGUGCAGUUCGAGCAGAAGAAGUUCCUGCAGCAGCACAAGAUGCGCUCGGACAGCUACAGCAAGGCGGCCGCCACGAUGAAGAAGUACCGCAAGAAGAACGCAAAAAACACCCCCAAGGAGGCGGAAAAAGAGAUCAAAAGCAUCCAGGCGUUCGAGGAGGAAAAACACAAGCUAGACCAGUUCUGCGAGCAAAGCCUCAAGAACGCGAUGACCCAGGAACGCCGUCGGUACGGUUUCGUGCUCGAACGCCAGUGUUCACUGGCCAAACACUGGAUGGCAUAUCACCACUCUGGACACGUAAUCAUCGAGAAAUCACUGGACAACUGGAACGAUGUGGCUGCGACGCGCGAGUUCCUGCCACCGAACGUCGAGAACAUGUUCUCCGCCAAGCAAGCGCUCCGGGACGUGGAAGAUGAGGACGAUGACGAUGAUCGGGAGUCGAUCGCGUCCCAGCUACGCAAGACACGCUCGAUCGAUGCCUCCUGUCUGGACAUGCGCUCGCUAGCGGACGUCGCUAAUGGAACGCUGCAGAUGCCGCGGGCAAAGUCGGAGUUUAACCUGAACAACGGUGGUGGCGGUACACUGCUCGGAGGUGGUGGCCACCAUCACCAUCACGCGAUGCUUAUGAUGGGUGGUGGCGGUGGAGGCGCACCCAGCAUGAUCGGAGGUGUUAGCAAUGGAAAACCGGACAUUUCACACUGGGAACGGCCCACGGUGAAGGCACUGUACGCGUACCUUUCGUCGGGUGAGAACCAGCUCAGUUUUCUCGAGGGCGACCGGAUUGCGCUGGUGGGCGAUCGAGCCAAGGGUUGGCAGUUUGGGGAGAACUUGCGCACGCAGAAGUUCGGUUGGUUCCCGAUCGCGUACGCUGAGACCGAGCGUGACGAUAAAGAGAGCAUCAGCGAGUGGGUGAAGGCACCACCAAGCGAGCUCGAGCUGGAACACACGCCAGACACAUCGCUCGAGAGCACGCUCGUCGACGACAGCCUGUCGAAGCUGACCGGAUCGUACCACGGUGGUGAGGACGCGUCUCCAACGCGCAUGUUUGGUGACACGAUCCAGUACCGCCAGUCGAAGCAGUUCCGCCGGUUGUCGCGCGGUGAGAAACCCCCAAAACCGGGUCCUCCACCACAGCUACCGGCACCGGUUCCGACACCAGUCGUGCCGAACAGCUACGGAGGUGGUAAGCAACAGCGUCACGAUGGUGCGCCCGGAUCCGGACCCGGUGGUAUUCCGCAAUCGAGCAGCUUUACAUCCGCCGGAGCACCACCGAUGGUGUCGGACAAACGCAAAUCGGGCUCGGCCACCAUGAACUACAGCAAGCCGCCUUCGAGCAGCAACUCGAAACCGAAGCGGCAGAGCAACGGUAUGGCCAGCGCGUCGCUUCACAGCAGCAACGAUAGUGGAUUUUCGAACGAACCACAACCCCAACCGGAAGUGGAUCUGUACUCCGACGAGGAACCGGUCAACCGGGUGCCGAUAAGAUCGGCCCGUUCGGAGAAGAACCUGCUGAACGACCAGUCGACGUUGGUCCGGUCGGGAGGCCGUGACGGAAGUGUUCCGUCUCCACGCUACCAUGACGAAGACGACAUCUACGGUACGAUUGUGCCGCCUCGAUCGCGCCAACAAAGCCAGAUGAUGAUGCGCCAGGCUAAUAGCUACGGUAACAUCGCCGAAAGCCACGCAGGAACACUCGAGUACGGGUAUCGAUCGCGUAAUCGCGUGCCCUCAGAUAGCCAGGCCAAUCAGAGCGACUCGCAGAAGAUCAAGCGCACAAAGUCGUUCUGGAAGUUCUCCAAAUCCGAAGAUCACAUCCUCGAGGGUAUGGCCAUGUGGAAACACAACGAUAUCAUACCGACCGGGCGUGAAAAGCGCGAGAUGGAGAAAAAGGAAGCCACGUUGAAGCGCAACAUGCGCAAGAAGGAGCAGCUGGAGAAACAGAAGCAGAAGGAAAUGAUCGCUGCCAAGGCGGAAGAGGAACAGCAACAGCAGCAGCAGCAGCAGCAACGGCGUAAGGACAAUUCGCGAGGCAACGGAAAUGGAAUGAUGAAUGAAAAUGAGAGCAACACGAGCACGUUGGUGCGCGGGAAUAAUCGAGAGUCACGUGAACGCGAUCGGGAACACCGGGAACCGAUGCGUGAACGGCCUCACAGCAUCGCGUUGAUGCCGGAACAAGAGAAGUUCCCGAUCACGAAGUCGGACAUCGAUAAGCGCAUCUCCAAAAUCGAUCAGGAGUUCCACCAACAGCAGCAACAGCAGCAGAAGAAAGCGAGCCGUGCCGGGCAGGAUGAUGAGCAACGUGGUGGACGAUCGGGACGUGAUCGUAGCGAUGGCGAUCGCAAGCAAUCGAAGUCCGGUGGAAAGAACGACACCAACAACAAUAACCGGCACAGCUACGCCGGCGAACACCUGCACCAUCAUCAGCAGGAGCAGGAGUUGUACGGUGAGGCGCCAAUGGGUCAUACGCAGGGAAAACCAGGCAAACACGAUAAGUACCGCACGACGGAGCGUGAAACGCACAAGAACCGAAACAACGACGCACUGAACAAGUACUACCAGGAUCAGACGUUCGAUGACUUCUCGAUCAUACCGGCCGAUUCGAUCAUGAUGCAGGACACGAGUUUCUACGAUGAUGACGGCAUGAUGGAUGACAUGAUGCUGAUGAAAACGGUGCGUCGCAAGGAGAUCCUGAAGCAGUACUACUCGAGUGGCACCGACACCGAACGCAACUCGUCCAGCUCGGACCCGUACGACUGCAUUGUGGUUGACGAUCAUCUGGUGGCGAAAGGACGCGAUCGUAAGGCGAAUGGGGAUGUCUCUAAAAUGCGCAUGAUGACGGACCGGCGUGGUGGCGAUAAGAAAGGCUCGGGUGUUCCAGACGACAAGAUGACGUUUUCCACGUUCCGUGGAGGCGCACCGGGUGGAAAUGGAGCCCGUGGUCGACCCGUGGAGGAUGACGAUGAUGAUGACACGAUGAUGGCGUCGAUGACGCUGGAUGAUGAGCUGAUGGAGGAUGAACAACCGCGACAGCAGCAACAGCAACAGCAGCAGAUGAUGCUGCAGACGCGCGAUCGACGCUCGAAACCGUGCAAGGAGUCAAAGUACGAAUCGGAACAGGAGCAACGCAUCAGCGCCAAGAUGCAGAGCAAUGGGCAGCAUCAGCAGCAGCAACAGCAGAAGCGCAAAUCCACCAAAUCGAUCGCAUCCGAUGGUAAGGCGUACGGGCCGUGGUAUGAUCUGUGGGGUGCGGACAGUUCCGUUCACAACCAGAAGCUGUAGAGGACCGUUAAGGAUCCCCAAAAAUCCCCGCUGAAUCGAUCUUUAACACGCGCGUAAAGAUCGCAUUUCAGCCGAUGCACAUUUUCCCGGACAAAACGCAGUCGCACCAAAACCGAACCAAUGCCACAACCAUUCCGCAUGGGCAGAAGAUGAUUACCAUUCCACGCAACCAUUCCCAAAUGCACGCAGCGGUGCUGUGCGAGAACAUAUUUUAGUCGUUAGUCGGUAUUUGAACCGCGGUGGGCGCGUGGUUUUCCAUUUACACACCUCAAACCUCAGAACACAGCGCUUAGCCCGGUAGGUAGGCCUUAGGUUAGCGUAAAUUGCCGUAGGAUAGUGUCCGUCCCAUCGCUUCCCGAGACCCGAGUCCCGAAGGAGUCCUUGCCAGGACGAGAAAAGCGCCCAUUCGGGUGCCAGUUGAUGUUAUUUCAUUGCGCAUUGUUUCGUUGGUUUUUUUUUUUCGAAUAGUGUUAUAUUUUCUAUCUCUUACACGUCUCUCCCUGCGUUUGCAUAUAUUAUCAAAUUUUAUUUCUGGUUACGGGAUGUACUCACAUGGUUAUGCUGUAUUAAUGUGUUUUGUUUUGAUAUUGCUCCGUUUUUACAUCGGCUCGUGGACCCGUGGUUUUUUCUUCAGUUAAUCGCUCCACGCGUCCAGUCAGUAUUUGUUUAUUAACCACUUUUUCGGAAACGAGUACGAAGGAUGAUUUCCGCACAAAUAUCAACGUAGCAAGUAGCGAGGCAACGGGCGCGUCGGACCAACAGUGGACCGUUUGUGCCGGUUUUUCUCGGAACACACUAGGAUAAGGUUUUGUAUUUUUACCCCAACAGAAGUUAAUGUGCCAAUAGUGAGCGAAAUGUUCGCAGGAGAAGGACGCUGGAUGCUGAGGUCGACGUCGAUGCGGUUUAAAAUGGCCAGCACCUCGGGGUUGGGAUGCGAAAAGGAGAGAGAGCGCUGCAGGGCGUGGUUAUGCGGUUAUUCUUAAGAGUACACUAGCCUAGCAUGAUAGUCAUGGUCGACGACACCAUUGAAACACGAGUAAUUUAAACCUUCAAAUAGAUAUGCAUUGCAACGUGGAUGGUUCGGAUGGUAUUGAAAUGUUUUGUGUUUACAAAUUGUAUCAUCUAUUACCGUCAAUAAAAUUAUGUUAGUUA